GAGACUGGGAUAUGCAUAUGCAGCUGACUAAAGCAGGCUACAUGCUGGACUGUAACAGAGAGGAAACAAUAAAUCUUAACUACUAUGCAAUAAAUAUUCCCAAUUUUAACUAAGGAAUCUAUCCUCAUAGUGAAAUUAAAAAAUCAACAGUUUAUCCAAGCUUGAUUACCAAAGUGCUCUUCUCCAGUCCUUUUUCCAAAGACUUCAAGGGAAAUUAAGAACAAAUUUUAAGAAAGACGAAGAAAAAGUUUUUGUUAAAGCAGGAAAGGAAAGUAAUAAUAACAUGUCAGUUUUCCUUUCCUUUGCUUUCCUGGCAGCGAUUCUUCCUCAUAUAGGCUGUAAUAACCAGCGUCGGGGUUCAGAAGCCAGUGGGAGAAGAUUUAACCGGAUUCAGCACGGGCAGUGCACCUAUACUUUCAUUCUGCCAGAACAGGACGGGAACUGUCGUGAAAGCACGACAGACCAAUACAACACAAAUGCUCUUCAGAGAGAUGCUCCUCACGUGGAACAGGAUUUCCCUUCCCAGAAACUGCAACAUCUGGAACAUGUGAUGGAAAAUUAUACUCAGUGGCUGCAAAAAAAAGGGAAAAAUGGGUUUGGAGGUGUAGCGCUUGAGAACUACAUUGUGGAAAACAUGAAAUCGGAGAUGGUGCAGCUGCAGCAGAAUGCUGUGCAGAACCACACGGCCACCAUGCUUGAGAUAGGGACCAGUCUCCUCAGCCAGACAGCAGAGCAGACAAGAAAACUCACGGAUGUUGAAACCCAGGUGCUAAAUCAAACAUCCAGACUUGAAAUUCAGCUACUAGAAAAUUCACUGUCAACAUACAAGCUAGAAAAACAGCUGCUACAACAAACACAUGAAAUCCUGAAAAUUCAUGAGAAAAACAGUUUACUUGAACACAGAAUUUUAGAAAUGGAAGAAAAACAUAAAGAGGAGCUGGACACUUUGAAGGAAGAAAAAGAGAACCUACAGAGCUUGGUCACACGACAAAGCUACAUAAUCCAGGAGCUAGAGAAGCAGUUAAACAAGGCAACAAGCAAUAAUAGUGUCCUGCAGAAACAGCAGCUUGAACUGAUGGAUACAGUUCACACUCUGAUCUCUCUUUGUUCUAAGGAAGGAGUUUUACUAAAAAAUGUAAAAAGAGAAGAAGAAAAGCCUUUCAGAGACUGUGCAGAUGUAUACCAAUCUGGUUUUAACAAAAGUGGGGUCUACACUAUUUAUAUUAACAAUGUCUCAGAUCCUAAAAAGGUCUUUUGCAAUAUGGAAAUUGCUGGAGGCGGGUGGACAGUUAUACAGCACAGAGAAGAUGGAAGCCUGGAUUUUCAAAAAAGCUGGAAAGAAUACAAAAUGGGUUUUGGUAGCCCAUCAGGUGAACAUUGGCUGGGAAAUGAAUUUAUCUUUGCAAUAACAAGUCAGAGGCAAUAUUCUCUAAGAAUUGAAUUAAUGGACUGGGAAGGAAACCGGGCAUAUUCGCAGUAUGACAGAUUUCACAUAGGAAAUGAAAAGCAGAAUUACAGGCUUUAUUUAAAAGGCCACAGCGGAACAGCUGGAAAACAGAGUAGCCUGAUUUUACAUGGUGCUGAAUUCAGUACAAAAGAUGCUGACAAUGACAACUGCAUGUGUAAAUGUGCUCUCAUGUUGACUGGAGGGUGGUGGUUUGAUGCCUGCGGUCCCUCCAAUCUCAAUGGAAUGUUCUAUACAGCUGGGCAAAACCAUGGAAAGCUCAAUGGCAUCAAGUGGCACUACUUCAAAGGCCCCAGUUACUCCUUGCACUCCACCACCAUGAUGAUUCGUCCCUUGGAUUUUUAAAGGCAUUUGGUGGUGAAUCCCAGAACAAACCAGGAUGACACUGCCCUCAGCAGCACCACUAUGACAGUUUGAAGGUAAAAGGUGAAGGUCUUCUUAAAAGCAACAUGUAGGGAUGAUGAAAAGUUGCUUCAUUAUCACCCCAUA